UUUGAGCCGGAACGGAACAGAGCCAAAUACAAAAAAAAAAAAAAAUGUUUCUAAAAACUUGCCUGCUGCUGCUGCUCUGCGGCGUCAUCGCUCUGUCCGCCCAUGACUACGAGGGCUACAAGAUUUACGACAUCAAGGCGGACAACAGCUUCAAGAAGGAGCUGCUGCUGCAUAUUGCCAAAAAUACGGAGUAUGACUUCUUCAAUAUGCCACGCGCCUUGGAUGCUGCCACACGCGUCAUGGUGCAGCCCAAGGAUCAGGCGGGCUUUCAGCUGCUGCUGAACGGUUUCGCAUUGGAGUAUACGGUGGUGGAGGACAACUUGGGCAGCACGCUGCAAAAGGAGCAGUUGGAGAAUCAGAGCCAGCGCCUCGUGGCCCAGCGUAAUGCUGUGCGCAGCAUCAGCUUCACGGCGUUCCAUCGUCAUGCGGAGAUCAAUGCCUAUUUGGAUGAGCUGGCCAAGGCCUAUCCCAGCCGUGUAACAGUGCAGACUGCUGGCAAAUCCUACGAGAAUCGCGACUUGAAGACCAUUACCAUCUCCAAUGGCGAUGGUAAGAGCGGCAAGAAUGUGAUCUUCCUGGACGCGGGCAUUCAUGCGCGCGAGUGGAUUGCACCAGCGGGCGCACUCUAUGUCAUCUAUCAGCUCGUAGAGAACUUUGUAUCCAAUGCCGAUCUGUUGAAGGACUACGAUUGGGUUAUUUUGCCCGUGGUCAAUCCCGAUGGCUAUGAGUACACGCACACCAACUCGCGCAUGUGGCGCAAGACGCGCAAGCCCGCAAGCAGCUCCUGCUAUGGCACCGAUGCCAAUCGCAACUUUGACUUCCACUGGGGCGAGGUGGGCGCCUCCAGCUACUCCUGCGCCGAUACGUUCAAGGGCACGACAGCCUUCUCCGAGCCCGAAACGAAAAUCGUGCGCGAUCUGCUGCUCGGCCUUUUGGGCCGCGGCAAGUUCUACCUGACGCUGCACUCGUAUGGCAACUACCUGCUCUAUCCAUGGGGCUGGACGUCCGAUUUGCCCAGUGACUGGCGUGCCCACGAUGAGGUGGCACAAGCGGGUGCCGCUGCCAUCAUGAAAUCCACCGGCACCGAAUACACGGUGGGCAGCUCCACGAAUGUGCUCUAUGCCGCCGCCGGUGGCAGCGAUGAUUAUGCAUUUGGCGUGGCCGGAUUCCCCGUCUCCAUUACCAUGGAACUGCCCGCUGGCGGCACUGGCUUCGAUCCCACUAUUGCCGAAAUUCUGCCAUAUGUCAGCGAAACCUGGACUGGCAUUCGUGCCAUGGCCCAAAAGGUCAUUGAAAAAUACUAAAGCUCAAUGUUGCAAAAAUAAAACAACGAUAUUUUAUACACGAAA